CGAGGAGUCACCAGCUACUCAUGAAAACACUACAGAAUUUGAUUUCACUCAAGGAUACUUUGAUAUUGGAGAUCCCCUUAUUGAGUGCGACAAAUGCCAGGCAUACAUGUGGUAUCAAGAAAGAUCAAAUAAAUAUAAAGACACCACGCUACCUAAGUUUAAUCUUUGUUGUGGGAGGGGGAAAGUUCAAUUGCCACUACUCAAGGACCCACCUGUGCUUCUUCAGCAUCUUUUAUUUGACAAUGAUGUUGAUAGCAAAAACUAUCAACAACAUAUUAGAGCGUAUAAUAUGAUGUUUGCAUUCACAUCGCCUGGUGCUAAAAUUGACAAGUCAGUUAACGAUGGUCGAGGCCCGCCUACGUUCAAAAUACAGGGCCAAACAUGCCAUCGAGUGGGAAGCAUGUUACCUAUGCCAGGUCAACCUCCAAAGUUUGCCCAAUUAUACAUAUAUGAUACUGAGCAUGAGAUACAAAAUAGGAUUCGAGGAAUAAGAAACCCAAAUGACAUAGAUGAUCAGAUUGUGGGCAAAUUAUCAGCCAUGCUACAUGAAUACAAUGUGCAUGCAAAAUCCUUUAGAAUGGCUAAGGAAAGAUUGCAAGAUGCACCUGUGCAGGAUCUGCGGUUAAAGUUGAUUUCUGACAGAGUUAGUGAUGGCCGAUUAUAUAACUUGCCUACGGUUUCAGAAGUUGCUGCUCUUAUUGUUGGAGAUGUUAACACUUCAUCAAAAAGAGAUAUUAUAAUGGAGACCCGAAGUCGUACACUUCAGCGAAUAAGUGAGCUGCAUACUAGCUAUUUGAGUUAUCAGUAUCCCCUUUUAUUUCCUUAUGGAGAGGAUGGAUACAGGCAUGACGUGCUUCAUAGAGAUACAGGUAAUUCUAAUAGUUCUAAAAGAAACCAUCUUACCAUAAGAGAGUGGCUUUGUUUUAGGCUACAAACAAGGAAAAAUGAGGCGCUAACAUUGUUGAGAUCAAGAAGAUUAUUUCAGCAGUUCGUAGUUGAUGGCUAUACUAUGCUUGAGUCAGAGAGGUUAUCUUUUAUCAGGAGAAACCAAAAAAAACUAAGAGUUGAUAAAUACAGUAACCUCAGUCAAACAAAUCACAACUUACAAUGUCCAGGAUCUGAA